GAAACCUGAAGCCGGCAGUGUGGGCAAAGCUUUCGGGAAAAUGAAUAUAGAUCCAUCGAGCAAGGCACAAGAACAGGAAGAGCAGAAUCAGCAAACGGCAGAAGCGGCGACUACAGCAACAACCAUCACCACCACUACGGCAACAACUACCAACGCGGUACUGGCAUUACUAAUUUCCCCAUCAUCGCCCUCGUCCACGUCGACCGUUUCGCCUACUGCUUCAUCGAUUUCGAAAAACAGCAGCACCGACGAGGUCGAUGAAACUACGGCGGAAGCAGAACCACCACAACUCGAGGCAAAGUGUAGCAAACCGGUGGCGGACCGAGACCGAGGACAGGAUGAUCAGCAACGACAACGAGCAGAUCAAGAUGGCCAACGCAAUAACAGUGAGCAAUGUACGGCAACGGAAGAACCGCUCGGUGUUGACUGUCGGAACGCAACCGGGAGGCCCGAUCAGCCGAAUGUUACGAUGACACUAGACGUUACGAACACUACCACUACUAGAUUGCAGGGCCAAUGCAUACCAGAAAACGUGACCACCGAAUUAAGGACAUUCGAGCUAAAAGCGUCAGCUGUUGCCCCGGUCCACGGGGCUGCGCUAGAAAGCGAAGUGAACAGGGACAACAGUAACGCGGCGAAGGAGGACGAUACACUGUUGUUGCCGAUAGCAGUAGGGCCGGUAGAAGAUUUGACCGCGGAAGCCUUAUCAACACCAAAAACACCACAACAAACGUUGUCAUCGAGUUCAAGCUCAAGCUCAUCCACCUCCUCGACACCGUCCGUCGGUGAGGAACGGCGCCUGCCGGUCGUACCGGAAGAGGAUUCGUACACGGAAGAUCCACCGGCAGGCGAGUGCUGUUACAAACAGGCAUUAGUUGCUUCCAACAAUAAUCCCGCGCUAGUACAAGCGGUUGAUCUCUCGUCUGCUGACGGUGGUACUGCUGGCGGUUGCAUCAAUGACCGCUAUAACAAUAACAGCAAGCGCAGUGAUAGUGACUUUCAAACCGUGCUCGGUGACAACACGCAAACGAAGGUUACCAACAGGAAUGGCGAUGAGACGGUGGCGGCAACAGCAGGGUCCUUAUCGUCCGCAGCGAGCGGUUACACCGUUGCUAGUAGCGCUGCCGUUGUGAUGGAGGAAGGCGUCCGUACGUCUGCUGCGGCGAUGACAUCCGUAACCGAAAUAGCGCUAGGACAAGGCGAACGGCAGCGCUCAGUCACCAACACCACCACCCUCAUCAUGAAGCAUGAUCUACUACCCGCCGAUGAUGAGCACGAGCGGACGAGCGUAGCAACCUUGCUGGGAAAAGCAGAACGUACCCAGGUGGUGGUGAGAGCGAAUGACGACAAUAACUGCGAACUGCCGGCCGUAGCACCGAUAGAGUUAGUACAAACGUUACCGAUCGAAACGACACAGCAGGACGGCAUAAUUACAGCUGCCACUGUGACCGUGGCGGCGGAUCUAAAGAACGAAACCGUCGAAGGUGUGACGACUCGAACCGAAGAGCGAAGCAACACAACAUUUGCCAGUGCCACCGAUACCGCCAACGGUUCGCCACCAUCAUCGUCGUUGUCCUCCACCUCGUCCUCCUCAUCCACUGCUCCUUUAUCUACGUCCUCUGCGCGCUCGUUGUCCUCGUCCGAAUCAUCAUCCGAACUUUUGGCCGAAUCCCAACAAGAACCUUCUGGCAAAGGGAACGACACUCAACACGCUGUAGACAAUCGACCGUUCGGUGGCGACACUUCACCCAAAGGACACUCCCUUGAGCGUGAAGGAUUGUCCGAUACGGUGCUUCACCAUACGCAACGAGCUCCACCGCCGACGUGUUCAGUCCUUCGAUCGGUUGAGACGGCAGGUGCGGUUGAAGGUGGCACCAGCACCACACGUUUGUUAACACUAGCCGAGGAACUGUCGCAGGCUGCUGCGGCUGCAUCUUCGUCACCAUCGUCGUUGACACCGGCGCUAGUAGUAAGCAUACCGCCAUCCGCAGUCGCAGAUGUCCUACCAAAGAGUGCUGCCGAUACAGCAGCAGCGGUGGUUAGUGGUAGCAGCAGAAGUACGUCCCCAGUGCUGCAGAGUAGUUUGAAGAAAUCGAGCAAAAUGGGUGUUGCUACUGGUGCGGCGGCCGCUGCUACGGCUAAGGGUGAAAACAGAAGGCGGGUUUCGUUUCCUCAGGAUGCGCAGCUUAUCACGGGCUAUCUGGAUCCGGUUAACCCGUGGGCCUGCAUAUCGGUUUGUGAAACACCAGAGCUAUUGGAACUGUAUCAAACUUCCUGCAAGCGGCACAACACGAUCCCGCUUAAGACUGUGCUCGAUCACCUGCAAUCGAUCGACGUCACAAAGGGCCGUGUGCCGUUGCUCUCGCUCAAAGAUCAACACCUUAGCUACAGCGGGUGUGAGGCACUCGAGGAGAUCUUUAAGCACGUGCAGUACCGCUGCAUCGAUUUGUCACACAGCGGGCUGGACGAUGUGACGGCAAGCGUAAUGUUCGACAUCAUCGAGUAUUAUGAGGCGGCACAGGAGCUGGACAUAUCGGACAAUCUGCAGAUGUCCGGCAAAAGUUGGACCGCUUGCAUAAACAUGAUCAAGAAGAGCCAAGCGCUAAAUGUGCUAGUAAUGCGUGGCCCCAUGAUAUCCAACUACCAGGCAAAUAAUCUUGCCAAAGCGUUAAACACCUCCGCCAUACACACGCUCAAGCUGGAACAUUGCGUGCUCAGCCAGGAGCCGAUCGCAUCACUAUGCUCCACCCUGAAGCGUAACAAAGUGUUGCGCGAGCUGUGGUUAGCGCACAAUCAGUUGAGCUGCGAGGAUGCGCUGCAGAUCGCGAAUCUGUUACGGACAAACCUUCACAUACAACUGAUCGACAUCUCCAACAAUCGAAUCGGGGAUAAAGGCGUGGAGCACAUUGUGAAUGCGAUCGUAGAACAGGCGGCACACUUUAAGGAAGUGCAGGAAAAGAAACGUAAAAGUGAUCUUCUGAACUUUUCCGAUCUUUCGAGUAGCCUGAACAGCAUCAACAGUGCGAAAAAUUACUUUCCCCAGCGAUUGCGUUCGUCCGAUUCCGAUUCAGUAGUGUCCUCCACCACGGCAACGGAACCCGAAUUGGAUUCUUCACCUUCACCGCUUACGCUUACUCCACCAGUAACACCACCGUCAACACCCGCACUUCCGCCCUGUGAUACGACCUCGACGGAAGAUGAGGAGAACAAGAAAAAGAAAGUGGCCAGCGAAAUGCUGGAAACUACGAAUGGCACCACCAGCAGCACCACCUUCCUCGACUCUACGGAAGCAACGGCUCCAGUGUAUACGACGCAGCACCAGCCCGACAAAGAUGAAACGAACCCACCACUACCUCCCUCACCCAUUACCGCACCGCCAACGCCAUCGCCCGUUGCUGUCGCUCCAUCGAAUGUGAAUCUAGUGGAAAUGAGUACAAAACAUAGUGUAAGUCUACAAACAACUAGUGAUAGAGAGAAGCCCGACAUGGUAGCACGCCCCGUCAUGAUGACGGCCGAGGAAGAAGCACUGAUGAAUUCCUCUAGCGGUGGAGCAACGUUAACAGCAGUGGCAACAUCGGUGGCGGUUCUGGGUGGCGGUGAUGAAAGCAAGACGAUGAGCACCUCAGCGGAAACAGUACAAACCGACAACAAAGAGUCGUCGAUGGCGGUUGUGCAGGAGGUUGAUGACGGUUUUGUGGAGUUGCUGAUGGCGAAGGAAGAGGAAUCACAUUCGGAUAGCCCAGUGCCACAAGCGCCCAAAAAGCCUCGGCUGGCGAAGCAAGACAGCGUACUGACCGAGUUUGAGGCAUCGCUUUCCACGGCCAUGGAAAUUGGGGACCAAAGAGAAGAAAAGCAAAAAACGGAACAGCUACCGGCUACCAAGGAAGCAUUGCCUCCCCGUGCGCAGAUGCUGAUGGAAGAGGACGUGCCCGAACUGUGUGCCGAUUACGAUGAUGAUGGUAGCAAUUUACGAAUUUCCGAAGAAAAUCUCUUUGUCGAUCUUGGUAUACCGGCUCUGAGCGAGGAAGAGCGGAGUGCAUCCGUUGAAUCGUCCGGGGAUGUGUUUUCACCGCUUGCACCACCAUCGAAAAAGGACGAGCUGCAGCUAUUGCUUGAAAAAUCUCAUCAAAAAGAGAAGGAAAAACUAAAAGCGGAAUCCACUGCCGCGGAGGUGCAGCCACACACGAACGGUGUAUCAACGGUGGAAAAGAGAGAAAGAAAAAGUGCCAUUAGCAGCAACGAUGAGCGAUUGGAACCAUCGAAUAAGGAUCGUACACAAUCGAGCAGCAGCAGCAGCACCGACAGCAUCGUGGUAGAGCAGGUCAUUCCUAUGAAGGAAAAUGUACCACUGUCUCGUUCGCUGGAUUCGGUAGGCGGUGAUGAGUCCGACUUUGAAAGUAGCAGCCCGUUCCGUACGACAGCACCGAGCUCCUUUCCUAACGAGCGUUCGUUCAGCUCGGAAAGCCUCAACAGUGAAACGUCGAUCGAUUCAAAUGAUUCGAAAUCAAGCCUUAAAAUACACGAAUCCAAGUUUGCCGCUAAGAACGGUACCCUGGAACGGCAGCAAUCGAACGUAAACCGUGAGACGGUUGGCACGGAACAAUCGCCAAACAGUCCGUGUGGAUUACAGGUGCUGGUGCUAUGGAACAAUGAAAUUACCCGCAAUUCGGCUCGUCAUUUUCAACGUUUGCUUGAAAGGUCGAGUACGCUCGAUACGCUUAAUGUUGGCAGUAAUCAACUUUGCAAUAGCUUUGUUACCGGCAUUAGUGGGAGUUUGAAGGCGAACACAACACUUACCAAUCUGGGACUGCAGGGAGCACAUCUGUCGGACAAGGGCGUUAAGACGAUGGCAGAAAUCAUCGAGUUCGGGGGCAACUCGUCGCUUCAGCGGAUCGAUUUGAGGCACAACAAUAUACAGAAGGCGGGCUUAGAAGCGCUGAACGAGGCGAUGAAAUCCAACAAAUCCAUCACCCGCAUCGAUCUGGAUGACACGCCGAGAAGGAUCAAGGAUACAUCGCUGGACGGUGUUGGUUCGGAGUACAGCCGGUUGGUUAACAACAUCCGGGCACAGUGCGAACGGAACAAAAACCCACCGGAACCGAGUGAACCGAUCAGUACGACGACGGUACGGCGUGCCCGGGCCAACUAUCUGAGUUCGCGAAAAAUUUCGCUCACCUGCCCAUCGAUCAAAACAUCACCGAGCGCGCUGGCCGAUAAGCAACAUCUGCUCGAUCCGAACGGUGGGUGCAAAAAGUCGACAGGUGGUCGUUUGCGUUCACCAUUGCCGAGUCCCAUCCCUUCACCGAUUGCCUCCCCGGUGCCGAGUCCGUCCCGCAACCGAUUCCAUGUUUCACGCGUGACCGAUUCGACCGGUGGUGGUGGUGGUAGUGGCGGCGGUUCCGCAUCGUCCCCGUCCCCCUCGUCUACCGGCAGUUCGCCGACACUGUUCUUUCCGUCGAACUCUCGGUUCCGGGUGGUGACGGUGGCCGAGCCGGACACUAAUGCCGGUGCUAAAAGUGCUAACAAUCCGUACCGUAGCAGCAGCACGAUCAGUCUACCCAUGAGUGGUAAAUCGUCAACCACAUCCUAUACGGUUGGUGGUGGUGGUGUAUGCGGAACGGCACCCGUGACUACUAUCAAUCGCCGUCCGGUGUGCAGUUCCGCACCGACACUCUCAUCCUUUCCCUCAUCGCCACUGUCUCCGUUAGCUGCUGCCGCUGGUGGAGUGCCGAUGGUCGGUCGGGUAGCUAGCCAAACACCUUCCCCGCUGUUACCACCAUCAUACGGCAGCGGGAGUAACAAUACCUUCCAUACGUCACUGAUUGCAUCGUCAGCGGGAGUGAUUGCGGGAUCAUCCUCGUCACCUACUACCAUAUCCACGAUACUUCCCAUGCCGAAUAACACGACGAUCCCUUUGGGAGUGGCACAAUGUACACUACUACAACAGCAACAGCAACUUCAAUACCAGCCACUACCAGCACCACAGUUCGUUCCACUGAUGCAUCAUCAGCCGGCGCAAAACUAUCACUUUGUUACAACGUUCGGUCCCGGCGGCAAUACAACGGUUCCCAUACAGCCCAACAUGGUUACGCUUUCAUCCUUACAAUCGCAGAUCGUACCACAAACGAUCAUUCACCACCACCAACAACAACAACAACAGAUUCCACUACAAACAACACUGUCAUCAUCAUCGUGCACCGGAAAGAUGCGCCAAAUGUCCAACACAUCCGACUCUGCUCAUCAACACAGCAGCAACAGCAGCAGCAGUAGCAACAACAACACCAACAACAACAAUAACAACAGUAGCGGUAGUACGCUUCACGACUCGGUGCUUUCUUCCACCAGCAUCGAAAGUCCCGAUCUGGAGGUGAAACGGUUCAUGUCCGGUGGAACCAUGCUGGACGAUAGUUGCUGUUCGUCGAUCAGCAGCAACAGCAUUGAUUCGAUCGAUGCCGCUCAUUUCAACAUUAACGCUUCGAUUAGCUCGACGGAAGAAAGUUUCGAUAUGAUAGUAAAUUCUCCGCCACCGGCCAUUACCGCUACCGCCCCUGCUGCUGGUGGCUCUACCGGUGGUGGUGGAUCUUCCGAAUCGAGCAAUAAUGUCAGCACCUCCACAUCACGCAUCUUGGAAGAGGAAAGUACACUUAUUCCGAAAGCAUCAUCGAUGACGUUAGAGGCACCACAACCACCCGCAAGCUUUUCCACCUCUAGCAUGGUACAGGUAAAUUUGGACAGCUCACAGGAAUCCCUGUACGAUGUGCACGAUCUAUCCGGUUCCUCCAACUCUUCGUCCAUCUCGGCAGCAGCAAACACUACUCUGGCGGUAAAUACCGCAAAAUCCACCGUACAAUCGGUCGGCUCGCUAGGUGCCGGAGGUCAACCAGGUGGUGGUAACAAUUCCAACGAAAGCACACUAACCUCGGUGCAAAAUCUCGAUCGCGAGCCGGUAGUAGCGGCGAGCAGCAAGAUGACAGCAACUACCGAAAAGCCACCGCGCGUACGUAAAACCUCGUGGAUUUUGGGCGGCGGCAGUGGAAGCAGUGGCAGCAGCAGCAUCAAGCAUGCUGAUUCCGGCUCGAGCGGCGCCAGUACACCGACACCGAGUGGUGGCAGCGGCUAUCCACCAGCGAUCGAGAAGCUGCUCAGCAUCUUUCAUCCGAGCAAUUUGUUUUCGUCUAGCAAAUCAUCCGCCAGUCCGCCGCCGGCAGCAACGCAGGAAGGUUCGGGUGGCGGAUCACAGCCACCGUCACGCAAGGAAAGUCCAAUGGGAGGAUUGUUUUACUGGGCGCAUCAUGGUUCAGGGAAUAGUGGCAAUAGUAGCAGCACGAGUGCCAACACAAGCCCAACCAGUACUGCCACUACGGCAGCGACUAAAAAGGAUGACGAUCGAGCCGGUUUAAAGGUGAACGUGUCGCCCGAAACUACACUAACACCGCAACAGUUGCAACCGUUGCAGAAUCAGGCACAUGUAAUGGCUUACCAUCAACAGCAAUUGCAACAGCAACAGCAUAGUGCCCAACAUAUGCCACCUCAGCUGAAGGUAGAAAUGAAGGAGAACAUCUCACCGGAAAACACCAUCACAAACAAACUGUUGUUGUCCACCUCGAAUGCACCCACGAUGGCAGGUGGUGGUGCUGGACUGGAUGGGGGGCCAACCAUUGCGAUGCUAUCGUCUCCAACAGUGAAUGUACCGGUUGCUGCGGCCGGUCUUACCACUACACCCCAUCCGAAGGUUAUAUUCCAUCUCGGUGGUGAUUACGACGAAUCGGAGGAUGAUAUCGAUACGCUUACCAACAAGUACGGGAAUCAUCCGAGCGUUGCAGGUGGAGCUACUGGUGGUGGUGGUGGUGGUGGCGGAGUAAUCCACUAUUUCGGUGGCGGACCGAGCAGCUUGAUGGGUGGCAGCACAACGAGCAACAGUAGUGGCAUCAGCAUCGGCAGCAGCGGCACCAGUGCCGGCGGUGAUCUGAUGAUGCUGAGCGGUAGUAGUGCCGGGAUCGUAGUUUCACCUUCGCCGAGCGCCUCCAGCGGACAGUCCGACACGGUCGUAGUAUUGAGCCAUCUUGGACAGCUUGCACGCGACUCGCUCAGCAUGUUCAAGAAUCCUAGCCUCACGUCGCAAGAUUCGAUUUCGAUUCGUUCGUUGGAUUCGCUAACGGAGAUUGGGAACGAGGGUGGUCCUGCUGGUGGUAAGAGUACGCAAAUGGUUGCACCACAACAGCAGCCGCCGUCGUCGUCAGCGUCGUCGUCGUCGGUGGUGCCAACACCAACAACAACAUCGACAACAAUUUCUUCCUCAUUAUCAUUAUCAUCAACUUCUUCAUCAGCAACACAAAUGUCAACAUCUGCAGCUGCGACACCAUUGGCGGACAGGCAGGAAACACGCUAG